GCAAGUCUAUAAAUAGAAGCAAACCCAGCAACUGGCAAACACAGAAAAGAGAGAGAUGGAAGUAGUUCGAGAGCUUCACAUGAAUGCUGGAACUGGAGAGAAUAGCUAUGUUCAAAACUCUUUGCUUCAGCAAAAGGUAAUAUUCACGGCAAAGCCAAUAAUAGAGAAAGCCGUGACCAAUCUCUGUUGCAGCAGCUUCCCAGAGAGUAUAGCCAUUGCAGAUUUUGGUUGUUCUUCUGGGCCAAACACUCUAUUUGCUGUGUCUGAAAUCAUCAAAGCAGUAGAGACGAACUAUAGAAAGCUGGGUCAUCAAUCCCCAGAAUAUCAUGUGUUCUUGAAUGAUCUCCCAAGCAAUGACUUCAACACUAUCUUUAAGUCUUUGCCAAGUUUCCAAGAAAAGUUGAAAGAACAAAGCAUUUGGCCUUGUUUCUUUUAUGGAGUCCCUGGUUCUUUCCAUGGUAGGCUCUUACCUCACAACAGCGUACAAUUCGCCUAUUCUUUUAAUAGUCUCCACUGGCUUUCUCAGGUUCCAGGAGACUUGGAAAGUAACAACGGAAAGAUUUAUAUGUCUAGCACAAGUCCACCAAAUGUGUUAAAAGCGUAUUAUGCUCAAUUUCAAAGAGACUUUGCCACAUUUUUGAAGUGUCGUUCUCAGGAAUUGAUGUCAGAAGGGCGCAUGGUAUGGAAAAUUAUGGGAAGAAAAAGUAAAGACCCAUCUAGCAAGGAUGGUUGUUAUGUAUGGGAGCUUUUGGCAAUGGCUCUUAGUCAAUUAGUUUUAGAGGGAGUGGUAGAUAAAGAAAAAUUGGACUCCUUCAACGUUCCUUUCUUUACACCAUCCAUGUCUGAAGUGAUAUCCGAAAUUGAAAAGGAUGGAUCUUUCCUUAUUGAUGAGUUAGAGAUUUCUGAACAACAUUGGAAUCCUUAUCAUGGUGAACCUAACAUUUCUGAAGCUUUUAAAGAUCCUGGAUAUAAUGUUGCAAAGUAUGCAAGAGCUGUCAUAGAGCCUCUUAUUAUUAGCCACUUUGGUUUUGACAAAGCUAUUAUGGAUGAGGUUUUUGAUAGGUACAAGGCAAUCCUGAACGAUUACAUGACAAAGGAGAAAGCUGAAUAUGUUUAUUUAAAGGUGUCUGUGAUUAAAAAAGAGUGAUGAACACCAUCUUAUAAUUGAAUGCUGCUCUCCUGUUGAAAUUUCAAAUCAUGGCGACAAUUUCAAGUCGACUAGAGUGAUGAACACCAUCUUAUCAUUGCAAUAGUGUGAAACUUCUUAUUUUAUUUCAAGUCUCAUUGGGAUGUUUCUAAUCCCUUGAGCUCCUGCGAGAAUUUGGUCUGUUUGUUUUUGGUCCCUUUGUGCUUAGUUGCAUAUGUGUGUUCUUUGGGUUUCUUUUACAUGAUAAAUGGGUUAUUAAGAUGUCAUUUCCCCUAUUUGAUUAAUAAAAUUCUUAAAUUUAUCAAAAACAAA